CGAACAAUCUUCUGUCAGUCAGCGGCUCUGCCAUAUUGUCGAAGCCUUGAGAAAAAUUUCUUUUGUUGUUGAUACACCGCGCGAGGGCAACCUCAAAUAUCCGGUCUGGAGGGAAGGAAACCCAGUUACUUGAUCCUGUUCACAGGAUCUUAUGGUGUUGAGAGGAGUGUCACAUUGGAAUACGGUCUUGGGAUGUUUGUUCAAUGCUUCUUCCACUAUUUGGCUCACAUACUUUUGUCUCGAGACGAGCAUAUUAUCCAGAACUUACCCGCUCGCGCGGAUUUACCUGCAUUUGCAUUAUUUGUGUGUCUCUGUUCUGUGCCUGUCUUUGCUUACUUUCCUCUGUUCAUUGAACAUCGUUGGAACUCUUUGUGCAUUAACCUGAUGUGCGUUGAUAGGGCUGCCAGCCGGGUUAAACUCAACUGGCAAACAACCUGGAAGGCUCGUGAUCAUACGGUUUUACAGACUAAUUGUGGCUUUUUCUUUUCCCCUCUUUACUUCCCUUUUCCUAUUUGUCCUCGCUUUAGUGAUUAUCUUUAUUUCUUUACACCGCAUUCUGCGCUAUUCCCACCAACUAAUACCUUGUUUGAUCCUCCCCCCGGUCUUUUAUGCGCUGUCUCUGGGGAGGUGGGCUGGCCUGAUUCGACAGAUAAGGUACCCAUCCAUAAGGGACCCUGUCAGGUCCUGCCUUCGGCCUGCCAGCAACCGGGAUUUCCUUUCCCCCCGCUAGCACGCCUGGAUCGGGAGGCCUUGUCAUUCGUUGACUCUUCUGCAGGUUUGCCUCGUUUCUUUUUUGACGUUCGGUCCAGGCAGGAUGGCAUUUUUGUACCAUCCCGGUACUUGACCUGCUUGCCUGUCCAUGCCGGCAUGUGUUUGUAACCAUUACAUAUCAUACUACUAUUAUCUACUAUGCUGUCUCUUUUUGGUGAUCUCUCAUCAUGUCCAAUGGUGUAUUGUUACUACUACGUGACGCCUUUGGAUUCAUGCCAUUGGUGGGUGGGGUCGAGAAAAAAAAAAGACCUUUUGCAACGCCUGUAUUCUGGGGCAUGCACGAGGAUUGAGCUAAGGGAACUGUU